GGACCAUUCGCGAAUACCGCGAUGAGUCAGGGAAAGUCGUAUUCCUGAUUCACACCAUGAGUCAGCAGAAAGUAUAUAAACGGCUGACCAGAACGAUGAUUAAGUACAUUAGAAUCAAAGCUCCAUCAUGGCAGACGAAGCCGAUCUACUUUCGAUUGGAAAGCACUGCAGUUUAGCAUCAUGCAAGCGACUUGACUUCUUGCCGUUUCAGUGCUCGCACUGUAAAGAGGUGUUCUGCUUAGAACAUCGCACCCCAGAAGAACACCAGUGUUCGCAUGUCGGAUUAACUGAUGUUCAUGUUCCUGUUUGUCCAAUCUGUAAUCAAAUUAUAAAGAAGUCCAAAGAUGAGGACAUCAACACACAGGUUAGAUAUUAAGUAGCUAAUAAUGGUCUUACAAUGUGCCUUAUUUUUAUUAUAUAGCUAGCUCCGUGAG